AUGUCUUCCGAAAUUGGACCCAAACAAGCUGGUCGCUCGGUUCGUAUUCUGUUGGUUGGUGACCGAGAUGUUGGAAAAACUUCUAUUAUAUUGUCCUUGGUCAAUGAAGAGUUUUUGGAUGAGGUGCCAGGAAGGGCUGAAACAAUAACAAUUCCUGCUGAAGUUACACCUGAAUUAGUGCCCACAGACAUAAUAGAUUAUUAUGAAAACGAACAAGAUCACGAGGAAUUGUGUGAUCAGAUUCGUAAUGCAGAUGUCAUAUGCAUGGUAUUUUCUGUUGUGGAUGAUACUAGCCGACUGAAUAUUAGAGAUAAAUGGAUGCCAUUAUUAAGAGAAUGCCAACUAAACAACGAUAUAUUUCACCCUGUUAUUUUAGUUGGUAAUAAAAGCGAUCUCAUUAAUAGUAUAUCAAUGCAUCUUGUUGAAGAUGUUUUAUAUGAAUAUCCUGAAAUUGAAACUUAUAUACAAUGCUCGGCUAAAAUGUUAAUGAACAUCAGUGAAAUGUUCUGUUAUGCACAAACAGCAGUGCUACACCCUACAGCUCCAUUAUAUUCUGUUGAAGAUAAAAUUCUAACAGAGAAGUGCAAGAAAUGUUUGUGCCGAAUUUUUAAAAUUUGUGAUGCAGAUAAUGAUGGUUUGCUAAACGAUGAAGAGUUAAAUAAUUUUCAGCGUCAUUGUUUUGAUUGUCAUUUGCCAUUGCAACAAUUAAAUGGUAUCAAGACUAUUAUUAACAUGAACUGUGAGCGAGGAAUUUCACCAUCAAAUUGUGUUACUCUUGAUGGGUUCUUGUUUCUGCAUAUGUUAUUUAUACUCAAAGGAAAAGCACAAACCACAUGGACUGUAAUUAGAAAAUUUGGAUACAAUGAUAGAUUAGAUUUUUCAUACAGUUAUCUUCAUCCUAAUUUAAAAGUUGACAAAUAUUGUACCAUUGAGUUAUCUCAUAAAGGUGAACAUUUUUUGUCUCGUCUAUUUGAAACACAUGAUAAAGAUAAAGAUGAUUGCUUGAGUCCAGUUGAGCUUAAGUCAUUAUUUUCUAUGUGUACAGAAGAACCACAACUUUUGAGAAAAUGUCUAUAUAAUACAAAUCACAAAGGAUGGAUUACUUCUCAAGGAUGGCUAUCGUUUUGGUCUUACUGUACUUUGGUUGAAGCUGAUACCACACUAGCUUAUCUAGCUAUGUUAGGCUAUAACAUGAAGACAGGAAAUCAACUUUCAGGUGUUCAAGUUACGAGGAGUAAGAAGAUUGAUUUGCAGAAAAAACAAUCUCAUCGGUCGGUGUAUAUAUGCCACGUGAUUGGUAGUAAGGGAAGUGGUAAAUCAACAAUUUGCAAAAGACAUGUGAAAACUACAAAAAUUGAUGAUCAUUUGGAAAAUACUAUAGAGCCUAAUAUAUCAGUUAAUCGUGUUCAAGUAUAUGGCCAAGACAAAUAUUUGGUACUAAAAGAAAUCAAUCCAAUUAGUGAAAAUCAUUUAAUUAAAGAUGACAUUAAUUGUGAUGUUGCUUGUCUAGUAUUUGAUUCUUCACAGAGUUGUUCAUUUGAAUAUAUUGCCCAUGUAUAUUUAAAAUAUUACCAGAACAGAAACAUUCCUGUUCUAAUUGUGUCAAAUGACAAGGGUAAACCACUAGUGAAACAAGACUAUAUAUUACAACCAGAUCAAUUUUGCAAACAAAACAAAUUAUCAGCACCAUAUGUGUUUUUUAAUUCAAGUGAAGGCAAAAAACUAUAUUCAAAUUUAGCCACCAUGGCUUCACUUCCACAUAAAUACAGCCCUCAUCAAUCUAGUCUUAUACCGAGUUUACGGGAAUCAAUUGUAUUCAUUUGGAAAACAGGCAUUGGUGUUGCAAUGGUAGCUCUAUGUGGCCUUUUGGUUGGUAAAUGUCUAGUGAAGCCAAAAAAAGAUCUGCUAAGUUAA